AUGGCCCGAACCAAGCAGACCGCCCGGAAGUCCACCGGAGGAAAAGCCCCCCGGAAGCAGCUCGCCACCAAGGCGGCCCGGAAAAGCGCUCCGGCGACCGGCGGAGUGAAGAAACCCCACCGGUACAGACCCGGUACCGUGGCUCUGAGGGAGAUCCGCCGGUACCAGAAGUCCACUGAGCUUCUGAUCCGGAAGUUGCCCUUCCAGCGUCUGGUCCGGGAGAUCGCUCAGGACUUUAAGACCGACCUGCGGUUCCAGAGUUCGGCCGUCAUGGCCCUGCAGGAGUCCAGUGAGGCCUACCUGGUGGGUCUGUUCGAGGACACGAACCUGUGCGCCAUCCACGCCAAGAGGGUCACCAUCAUGCCCAAAGACAUCCAGCUGGCCCGGAGGAUCCGGGGGGAGAGGGCUUAG